GAGGAGGAAUGGCAGCGUUUGAAAGGAAGGAAAACUAAUCGGGUUACGAGGCCAACAGUUGACGGCCGUCUAAUCUCAGCAAACGCGCUUGAUUCUCUUGUCGGCCGUCUCCCGUCUGGGAUGACGCUUACGCGGUCCAAAGAUGAGUGGUUGAUAUUCCAGCACACAAGCAAAACGAAGACUCGCUGCUUCUUCCCCGUUUGAUCACUCCCUCUGCGCGCCGAACCCCGGAGCCCUCCUCCUCGCCGCCGCAGCGGAGCGGUUCCCAGACCUGGAAUUUCGCUGGGACAUUUUCACCCUUGAAAGAAGCCAACCAGUGAAAAUCCAUAGUACCAUGGCAGAGGGGGUUGUCGGCAUGCUGAUUCUGAAGCUUGGCUCAGCCUUGGCCAUAGAAGCAAUCAAGGUUGGUACAGGGAAGCUAUGCCGUCAAGCUAAAGCUUCUUCUAUUGCCAGGCUGUUUGGUCAGAUCCGUGAUAUCAAGGAGGAGCUGGAGAGCAUGCAGUCGUUUCUACAAGAAGCCGAGAGGUUCAAGGAUACUGACAAUACCACUGCCAGCUUCAUCAACAAGAUACGAGGCCUUGCUUUCGAGAUCGAGGAUGUUGUUGACGAGUUCACCUACAAGUUAGAGGACAAACAUGGUGGCUUUUCUGUGAAGAUCAAGCGGCAGUUUAAGAGAAUCAGUACCUGGCGCCGUCUGUCACUGAAAUUGAGAGACAUCAAACUGAAAUUAGAGAAUGUUGAUAGGAGAAAGGCCCGGUAUGACAUGAGAGGAAUUGCAAUCGAAGCUAGAAACAGUGAUGCUCAUUGCAGAUCUACAGAUCAGACUUCAUACUUCCCAAUAGAAGAAAAUCUUGUCGGCAUUGAUGAGAGUAAGAAUCUGCUGAUUAAUUGGUUGACAAGUGAUUUCCAACAGGAGAAUGUAAUUAGCACAGUAUGGGGGAUGGGAGGAGUAGGCAAGACCACUUUGGUUGCCCAUGUUUACAACACUUUGAAGAUUGACUUCGACUGUGCUGCAUGGGUAACUGUCUCAAAAGCAUACCAGGUUCAGGACUUGUUAAAGCAGAUUAUCAGGGAGUUACAGAAGAGCGACUUGAAGGGUGAACUUCGCGUUGAUAUUGUUGACAUGGAAAAGAGAAGCCUAGUUGAGAUCAUCCGUGAUUUCCUGCGUGGCAAGAAGUAUCUUCUGGUUCUAGAUGAUGUCUGGGGUAUUGAUAUCUGGUUCAAAAUAAGAGAUGCUUUCCCUACUAACAGCACCAGCCGGUUUGUAAUCACGUCAAGAAUCCAUGAUGUAGCGUUGCUGGCUACUGGAAAUUGCAUGGUUGAAUUGAAACCACUAGAAGCGCACCACUCAUGGGAAUUGUUCUGUAAAGAGGCGUUUUGGAAAAAUGAAAACAGAAUAUGUCCGGAGGAGCUACAGUUUUUGGCACAAAGAUUUGUGGACAAGUGUAAUGGCUUGCCCAUUGCUAUUGCAUGCAUAGGUCGUUUACUGUCCUGCAAAAGCCAAACUCAUUCUGAAUGGGAAAAAUUGUACAAGGAAUUAGAAGUGCAGUUGACAAACAAUGCGAUUCUUGAUGUUAACAUAGUUCUAAUGGUCAGUUUGGGGGAUCUUCCAUAUAUUUUGAAGAACUGCUUUCUUCAUUGUAUUGUAUUUCCAGAGGAUUAUUUGAUCAAAAGGAAAAGACUGAUUAGACAUUGGGUGACAGCAGGAUUCAUCAGGGAAACAGAGCACAAAACAAUGGAGGAAGUGGCAGAGGGCUAUUUGUAUGAACUUGUAAAUCGAAGCCUAUUGCAGGUAGUGGAGAGGAAUGAAAGUGGACGUGUGCGGAGUUGCCGAAUGCAUGAUAUCAUUCGCCUUCUUGCUCUGGCUAAAUCAAAUGAGGAAAGGUUCUGUAGAGUUCAUGAUGGCUCAGUGAGUUCUUCAGCAGAAAAUACACGCCGCCUAUCAAUCCAAAGCCCCAAUAUUGAGCAGUUGACUCUUUCAAGUGAAGUUCAGCUCCGUUCAAUCUAUGUUUUUGACAAUGGUCUGACAAUUGAUUCACUGAAGCCUUUCUUGAAAUCUUUCAAGUUGCUAUCAACUUUAGAUCUACAAGGUUCCAAAAUUAGGAGGCUACCAAAUGAGAUUUUCAACAUGUUUAAUCUGCGGUUUCUGGGUCUUAGAGAUACCGAGGUUGAGGAUAUUCCGAAAACAGUUGGAAGACUACAGAAAUUGGAAGUUUUGGAUGCUUACAAUGCUAAGCUGUUGAGUUUGCCGGAGAGUGUGGUGACACUUAGGAAGUUGAGAUAUCUAUAUGUUGCUACUGAUCCAAAGACAAAUAUUAAAGGAGUUGUUGCCUGGACUGGAAUCCAGGUGCCUAAUGGAAUAAGGCACUUGACAGACUUGCAAGCCUUGCAACUUGUUGAGGCAAGCUCAGAGACUUUGUGUCAUCUUGGUGCUUUGACAGAGUUGAGAACUUUGUCCAUCACCAAAGUGCAGAGAGAACAGUGUGUUGAUUUGUGCAAUGCUAUCAUGAAUAUGACCCAUCUUGUUAGUCUUGCAAUUAUGGCUAUAAACGAGAAAGAAACACUGGAACUGGAAGAGCUCUGCUUACCCCCUACGCUCUCGAAGCUUGAAAUAGGAGGGCAACUAGAUAGGAAACGGAUGCCUCAGAUUGUCUCGUCCUUCUCAGACCAUGAAAACAUUACCUUGUUGGCCUUAGCCUUCUCCAAACUUGAUGAAGACUCAUUUUCAUGCCUGCUGGUGUUACAUGGUCUACGUGCACUUUGGCUUGAUAAGGCCUAUGAAGGGAAGAGGCUGCACUUCAAUGCCAUGACAUUUCCAAAACUGCGACUGCUAUCAAUCUCAGAUGCACCUCAGCUCAAUGAUGUUGUAGUAGAAGAAAGUGCAUUGCAAAGCCUUGUUCACCUAUCUCUCACAGAUUGUCCAGAGCUGAAGGCCCUCCCUGAUGGCAUUGAGCAUCUUAGAACUCUAGAAAAAUUAUAUCUGCGAGGAGUUUCCAAAGAUCUCACAAAGAAGCUUCAGAAUAAAGAAAAAACAAAUGAAUGCAAUGAUUAUCUUAAGAAGAUCAAUCACGUCCGAAGGGUAACUGUUUAUCCAUGAAGCACUUGGGAAUGAGAUCAACGACACUUGAGAGAUGGCCUUGUGGUAACAUGCAGCCCUCCUGAACUGUUUGGAGGGAAAAAAAAAGAGGAGGCUCUAUAGAAGAGAGGUGGCAAGGAAAUUAGAGAAGCAUCUGUGUGCAGAACCUGAGUUAGAAACAAGGGAGAAGAGGAGAGCCUUAUUCGAUUUUCUUGGUCGAGAAUUGAGAUGUUGAAAAUGCACAACACAUCAAAAUGGAUACCUCAGGAGGAAUCAAAGAGGGAACCAUAAAUGAUCUCAAUGCAGCAAAAGUUUCAGCAAGGAAAGCUGCUGAAAUAGGCGAGUGUUGCCUCAGUUUAUUAUCAUCACUAUUUUUUUCCUUCCGUAGUGGCACUAUCUCAAGGAUUUGCGUACUCAUCAGCGGGUUCAGUUUCUUCUUCUGCGCUUUGUCUAAAAUUUAUCACCUAUUAAAAAUGUGGCUUUCUGUGAGAAAAGUGUGGAUAGUAAAUUUGUCAGGCUGAACAUUUCCCAUCUUACCACAGCAAACUUAUUUUCAUUUGAGUUGUUUCAAUUCCAUUAUGUAUACAUACAAUUCGACUUGCAAGGGAAUGCCAAAAAACUAAAA